CCCCAGAACCUCGUCAUUUGCUGCAUGCAGGUUGGGACGGAGAUGCGCUGCUUAACAGACACAGGUUACAGCGAGCGAUUCGUUCUACCCGUUUGGAGCUCUCAGGCGUCCCUCCCAGCUGCGUCCGUAUGCAGUCUCUCAGCGCUGAAGCCCAAACGGACUGAAAAUAGCGACCUCGCGCCUUCCUUUGAGGGAAACAUGGGGAUAUCAACUGUAUAUAAUCAUAACGUGGAUUAAAGCGGAGACCUAGACAAGAAUCCGAAACCUUAUUUUAGUUGUAUGGUGUGGGCAAAGUUGCGCCGAACAUAGGGGUCUAUUCGACCCUGCACUUCCAUCCUUGCAUUAAUUUGUAAGAAUAUCUGCGGGUUGCCUUCGCACAAUUUAAUACUGCACUCUCGUGACAACUUUAUGAUUAACGUUUUGAUCGCUUCCAGUGUGAGCGCGCGAUGGACUUGUGUCUGUACCGCUUUCUGUCAGUUUGUUCGUGAGGAGAGUGCUUUAGAGACGGGGAUGAAGGGGUCUGUUUUUUGGGUUUAAACGUUUGACAGGAUUAAGAAAACAUUUUUGAGGAAAUACACUUGGAUACCGCUACUUUUCAUGGUCGGACGGUUACUGGGCAUCCCAGUGGGUUUUUAGACAUGAGUUUUAGGAUGAAAUUCUCCCUAAUUUUACUACUGCUAAGGGCUCUCUUCACGGAAUCCAUCCACAGUAAUCAGGUGGUCCUGUUGGAUACCACCGCUGUGCUUGGCGAGUUGGGCUGGAAGACCUAUCCGAUAAAUGGGUGGGAUGCCAUAACGGAGAUGGACGAGCACAACCGGCCCAUCCACACCUUCCAGGUGUGCCACGUGAUGGAGCCCAACCAGAACAACUGGCUGCGGUCCAACUGGAUCUCGCGCGAGGCGGCGCAGAAGGUGUACGUGGAGCUGCGCUUCACCCUGCGCGACUGCAACAGCAUCCCCUGGGUGUCGGGCACCUGCAAGGAGACCUUCAACCUCUUCUACAUGGAGACGGACGAGUCCCACGCCAUCAAGUUCAAGCCGGGCCAGUACACCAAGAUCGACACCAUCGCGGCCGACGAGAGCUUCACGCAGAUGGACCUGGGCGACCGCAUCCUCAAGCUGAACACCGAGGUGCGGGAGGUGGGACCCAUCGCCCGGAAGGGCUUCUACCUGGCCUUCCAGGACAUCGGGGCCUGCAUCGCCCUGGUGUCCGUGCGCGUCUACUACAAGAAGUGUCCCUUCACCUUCCGCAACCUGGCCACCUUCCCGGACACCAUCCCGCGUGUGGACUCGUCCUCGCUGGUGGAGGUGCGGGGCGCGUGCGUGAAGAACGCGGAGGAGCGAGACACGCCCAAACUGUACUGCGGGGCCGACGGCGACUGGCUGGUGCCGCUGGGCCGCUGCGUCUGCAGCCUGGGCUAUGAGGAGCUGGACGGGACCUGUCUCGCUUGCAGGCCAGGGUUCUACAAGGCCUUCGCCGGGAACAUAAAAUGCUCCAAGUGUCCGCCGCACAGUUUCAGCUACGAAGAGGGCUCCGAACUCUGCAACUGCGAAAAGGGCUUCUUCAGAGCGGAGAAGGACCCCCCGACCAUGGCCUGUACACGCCCUCCAUCCCCUCCCAGGAAUGUGGUCUUCAACAUUAACGAGACCUCGCUGUUCCUGGAGUGGAGCCCACCCAGUGACAUGGGGGGCAGGAAGGACCUCACUUACAACGUCCUGUGUAAGCGGUGUGGGGCGGACCCCCGGCAGUGUGAGCUGUGUGGGGGUGACCUUCGCUUCGUCCCCCGGCCUCAGGGCCUCAUCAAUGCCUCGGUCACCGUGCUGGACUUCACAGCCCACGCAAACUACACCUUCGAGAUCGAGUCCUUCAACGGCGUGUCUGAGAUGAGCUCCUUUCCACGGCCAGUUGCAGCCAUCACCAUCAGCACUGACCAGGGCGGUCCCUCGCUGGUGGGCGUGGUCAGGAAAGACUGGGCUUCCCAGAACAGCAUCGCCCUCUCCUGGCAAGAGCCAGAACAGCCCACUCUUCCAGUCAUGGACUAUGAGAUCAAGUACUAUGAGAAGGAACAUGAACAGAUGAGCUACUCCUCCACCCGUACUAAGACCCCCAGUGUCAUCAUCACUGGCCUCAAGCCCUCCACCCGCUACAUCUUCCACAUCCGCGCCCGCAGCUCUACAGGCUACAGCAGCUACAGCCCCAAGUUUGAGUACGAGACAGGAGACGAAACCUCAGACAUGGCAGCCGAUCAGGGUCAGGUGCUGGUCAUCGUCACGGCAGCAGUGGGUGGCUUCACCCUUCUGGUGAUCCUCACCCUCUUCUUCCUCAUCACUGGAAGAUGUCAGUGGUACAUUAAAGCCAAGAUGAAGUCAGACGAGAAGAGGAGGACACACUACCAGAAUGGACACAUCCCCUUCCCGGGAAUAAAGACCUACAUCGACCCGGACACCUACGAGGACCCCGCCCAGGCGGUCCACGAGUUCGCCAAGGAGAUCGACCCCUCCCGCAUCCGUAUCGAGAGAGUGAUUGGAGCAGGGGAGUUUGGGGAGGUGUGCAGUGGACGUCUUCGCACCCCGGGGAAGCGGGAGAUCCCGGUGGCCAUAAAGACCCUGAAGGGCGGCUACGUGGAGAGGCAGAGGCGGGACUUCCUCAGAGAGGCCAGCAUCAUGGGACAGUUUGACCACCCCAACAUCAUCAGACUGGAGGGCGUGGUCACUAAAAGCCGGCCAGUCAUGAUCGUUGUUGAGUACAUGGAGAAUGGGUCCUUGGAUUCUUUCCUGAGGAAACAUGACGGGCACUUCACCGUGAUCCAGCUGGUGGGCAUGCUCCGCGGCAUCGCCUCGGGCAUGAAGUACCUCUCAGACAUGGGCUACGUGCACCGGGACCUGGCCGCCCGCAACAUCCUGGUCAACAGCAACCUGGUGUGCAAGGUCUCCGACUUCGGCCUGUCCCGCGUGCUGGAGGACGACCCCGAGGCCGCCUACACUACCAGCGGGGGCAAAAUCCCUAUCCGAUGGACAGCACCAGAGGCCAUUGCCUACAGGAAGUUCUCCUCAGCCAGCGACGCCUGGAGCUAUGGCAUCGUCAUGUGGGAAGUGAUGUCAUAUGGAGAGCGGCCAUAUUGGGAGAUGUCCAAUCAGGAUGUGAUCCUGUCCAUAGAGGAGGGGUACCGCCUGCCGGCGCCCAUGGGCUGCCCCGUGGCUCUGCACCAGCUCAUGCUGCACUGCUGGCAGAAGGAGCGCGGCCACCGGCCCAAGUUCACCGACAUCGUCAGCUUCCUGGACAAGCUCAUCCGCAACCCCAGCAGCCUGCUCACGCUGGUGGAGGACCUCCAGGGAUUACCAGAAUCCCCCGGAGACGUCGCUGAGUACCCUCUGUUUAUCUCCAUCGGUGAUUGGCUGGACUCCAUUAAGAUGAGCCAAUACAAGAACAACUUCAUGGCUGCAGGAUUCACCACACUGGACUCCAUUUCCACAAUGAGCAUCGAAUAUCCGGCGGAUCGGGGUCACGCUGAUCGGGCACCAGCGGCGGAUAGUGAGCAGCAUACAGACACUACGGCUGCAGUUACUCCACGUGCAGGAGAAGGGCUUUCAUGUAUGAGACAGACAGACGGAUGGACAGACAGACAGCACUUGCCUGUGCCUCAGACAUCUACCCACAAGCAGACUCCCUUUCCUAGCUGCAAGGCCUCACCUUAACUUCCAGCUACAAACAGGCAUUCUUUCACUUCCAACCAAUAAACUCAAUAAUCAACUUUUUUUUCUUCCUUUUUUUUUUAAAGCAACUGCUUGUGCCGGAAAUGGAGAUUGGACUCGUACUGACUGUGGCUCCCACACGGACACUGAGAGCCCAGUUGCAGCAGCAGCCUUUCUAUAUGCAGCGACAGUAUCAGUGUUUAGAGAUGUAUGGUAGAUUUGGGGAACGUGAGCUACAAUUAUUUCUCCAUGUUUUGUGACCAUGUAGCUGCUAUCAGACGUGCAAUCAAAGGAUUGCGCUCGAUAUAUUAAUUAUUUCAUGGUUUGAUAAGUAAAUGUCAUUAAGUAUUCUUGUUAAUUUAUUGACCUUUCUUCCAGGAUAUCUGGUUUGCUAAUACUUGAAAAUUAUGAAGAGCCAAUUUUGAAGUACAAAUUGCUGAAUGUUAUCAACUUUUAAGUGUAUAAUCCAUUUACCAAUUAUUAUCUUAACCUGAUAUUUAUAUACAUAUGUGCAGUCCUGUAUGUGAAAGCCCUAGUAAAUUUGGAGUUUAUUUCCUUAUUCAAUUACAACUUUCUUUAAGUCAGCAAUAUAUGCAGUUAUUUCAAAAAGGGAAAUGAGAUGCUCCAGAGCAGAGUACACGUUCUUUUUUAACUACAGACUUUAAAUGUACAACUAAAUCCACCUCAGGCAAUUGAGUUUGUAGACAUCUGUGCUGUGCAAAAUGCAGCUGUGAAGGCCUGCUGAGUCCUAGUAGAUGUUGGAUAAUGUAAAUAUCUGUGAUACUGGAUGUUUAUAGGAUCCCUGAAAUGAGUGUGCGCUGUGGGCCCAAGAUCAGAUUGUGUUCCUAUAACGUCCUGCCUGCCCAGAGACCAUAUGUGGUGUGGUGCUGUUUGGCCAUAAAAUCAGAGGUGUUAGCGGCCACCAGUUUCCGCUGAUACGGCAAUGAAUUGGCAAUGAAGCUGACUAAUUUCCAGACCAUCCAAAUGCAGACUGAUGUGUGAAGUGAUGGCUUUCCAUACGUAGGUCAAAGCAGGACUGGAGUAUCCUGCGAAAACCUUUCAAGAGGGUUACUGAGUGAAAGCACAUCUGGUGGGAGAGAAAGACAGCUGGACAGGAACCUGUGUUCUGUCCAGUCCAACACACACACAAAUGCACACGCACACGCGCACACACACACACACACACACACACACAUACACACAUGCGCACACACACAUGCACAUGUGCACACGCACACACCCGCACACACACACACACUUUCCCCCCUCACCCCUUACAGAGAGACGACAGCACGUUUUGAGGACAGUGAGAAGACGCAGGCAGGGCUGCAGGUCAGGCGCUCACAUGGAGAGGAGCCCGGCUCUCUCUCUCUCUCUCACAGGCACACUGGAGAUCCCAGAGGUGGAGAGAUGCUGAGUAGCACACCGUACUGCUGAGCAAUGGGAGGCCAUUUUUGUACAAAGUACAAGUACUUAUAAUUCUUGUAUUUUAUUUUUCUAUGAUUUCCAAAGAGGCAUUGUCGGGUCUUACAGACUAUAUUCGCCCGUUUAUGAGGAUAUUUAUUAGCAAAUAAAAGUUAACAGUUCUGGUGGAUUGUG